GAUACCCCGCCCACAUAUGGGCGGAGUCGACCUGUCGGAGUACAGUGUCUCGUGGCAGAGACGCAACGGCAGUUUAUCCAGAGAGUGAGUUGUAGUCUCCUAGCGUUUCAAAGUAACGCUGGCUCAACCGGCAGAAACCUAGUCCCUGCUUCGGAAAACAGAGAAAAGAAAAAGUAAAUUAAUUUGUUAAUUUUUUUUAGUCUGGGAGCGGAGGACACGUCGGCGCGUGCACAUAAGUUUUCCUUAAGACCUGCCAAAAGAAGAAGAAGGAAAAAAAAAAAAAAAACCCGUCAGGCUGAACGCCCAGAGGGCACAUCUGCCAGCCUCCAUCUUGAAGAAAAUGAACCCACCAGUGGCAGAGCAGAUGUCAGCCACCAGCAGUUAGAUGUUUGUGCUUCUUGGUUGGAUAUCUGGUCGAAGAGGAAAGAGAGGACCCGGAGGAAAGGAGCUGCUCGGGCUACUGGAAGAUAUGUCUCUGUGGAUGAUCCUGCCUGUCAGCCUCCCAGUCCUGAGCAUCACUGGGAUCUGGGUUGUAUACGCCAUGGCCCUGUACAACCAGCACGUCUGCCCUGUGAACAACUGGUUGUACAACCAGUCAUGUGAAGAGGAGCUGUAUUUGCAGAGUGGCCCGUCCUUCUGCUGCACGUUAGACAAUGUACCUCUCAUCAGUAAAUGUGGGACUCUUCCACCUGAGAGCUGCUUCUUCAGCCUUAUCUGCAGCACAGGCUCAUUCAUGGUUAUGGUGAUCGUGCUGCUGCGCUACGCUCACGUUAUUGAGAAGCACCAGAACUGUGUUCUCAACAUGGCGAGUCUGUCCACAGGCUGGAUCUGUUCUGCUGGACUCAUCAUGGUGGGAAACUUCCAGGUGGAUAAUGCCAAAGUUCUCCACUAUGUCGGAGCGGGCAUCGCCUUCCCCACCAGUAUGCUGUUUGUGUGCCUGCAGUCGGCGCUGACCUACCGGCUGGCUAAGACUCAGGGGGAGUACUACACGGCUCACCUCCGGCUCUGCAUGACCUUCCUGGCCUUCGGAGCCUUGGUGCUCAGCGGAGUGUUUUUCUGUCAGGAGAGCUUCGCCCUGCAGCACGCUUCGGCCGUCUUCGAAUGGGUGUUCUGCGUCAUCAUCAUGCUGUUUCACGGGACGUUUGCCUUCGAGUUCGCCAGCAUGUCGGGAGACACCAUGGCAGUUCUGGCCCGGAGAGGCUCCCGUGGAUUUGCCAGGAGAGAACUUAAAGUGGACGCGCUGAGUGCACCCAUUCCACACUCACAACCACACCUGCACCAACCUGAAAACAUGUCCAUACUGUAA